AUGGGAGAGUUUCAUGAGGAUUCGUUGGGUAAUAGGAAGCAUCUUCUGGACAUUUUGCCACUGGAUACCGUGGAGUAUGCAUGUGCCUAUGGUUCGGGUGCGGUACCGCAGAAGAUUGAUGGUACACUCGGGGAAAUGGUCGAUUUCAUUAUUGCAACGCAAGAUUCAAAACAGUUUCAUAAACAGAACUUGAGUAUGAAUCCGACCCAUUACUCUUUAUUACGUUUUCUAGGGUAUCAAAAGAUUGCGCAAGUUCAAAGGAACUAUGCAGCUAGGGUUUAUUGUAACACUCGAGUGUCAUACCAGGGUUAUCUUAUAAAGUAUUCAGUAAUUGAUACCGAUGAUUUGUUACUGGAUCUGAUCGAGUGGAGGUGGAUGUAUUUAGCUGGGAGACUGCAAAAACAUGUUGUGGACAUCAUCAGUCCUUCACCGAGAAUAACCCUGGCUAUAGAAAAAAAUCGUUAUAGUGCUUUACAGGCAGCAUUAUUACUUUUACCGGACAAAUUUUCACUUUCACAGUUUUACAACGAGCUAAUAUCGCUCUCAUAUCGAGGUGAUUUUCGAAUGUCAUUUGGUGAAGACAAAAAUAAGAUAGGAAGAAUUGCUGACGGAAGCAGGACUCAACUUAAUCAAAUCUACGUACCACUCUUGAAAGCUGAUGAAGAUGUUUUUAUCCAAGGACGCACCAUCGAACAGGACAGAUGUGAUGCCGUAUUUUUUAAACGAAUCACGGGAUUACCAUUUAAUGUACUGUGGAAUUUACAACGCAUAAUCAACAGCAGAAACGGAAAGCAGAAUGAUAUAGAAGAGAUUGCUGCUUCGCUGGCACGAAGGUUGGAUGGACCAAAACCUGUUGCUGCAGCUAUCGAAGAUAUUGUUUGGAGAUCUGCUUUGCAACAAACAGCAAAAAAUGCAUUUUCUGCAGGUAUCAUGCGCUCAACUGCAUAUGCUUUUGCGAAAAUCGCAAAAAUGAUGAAAUCAUUGAAACAUUUAUAG